UCAGUCCUGUCAUUUUACGUACAGAUGCUAUAUUAGUAAUAGGCGAGAGCGUUACAGUUUGACAGAAAUUUGACGUAUGGAUUUCGUAUUGGAAAAUAUCGACUGGUUUUCUAUUUCCGAAUAUAUUUUACAUUUAAAUGAACUUAAAAAUGACAAAUUACAUCUAUUAUAAUGGAAAUGAAUAUUAAACCAGAUGUGGUUUUGGUUUGACAUUUAACAUGAAUGCAGAGCAAGUUUUCAAUUAAACUGGAAUAGCCGCUUUUGAGUAUUGCGGAGAUUUGACAUAACUAAAGCAUUUUUGAGUGACAAUAUACGUCCGAAGGAAAGGUUAUACUCGUUAACAUAGAAUAUCAAACGUGUUUAAUGAUUUAUUUUAUAUAUGUGCUAAUUAUAAGUGUGCAAUUUAUCCGAGUCAUACAUUAGAUUCUUCCAGUGCGUGUGCGUUACCUAGCAGACCUACAGCGAAGCUUUAGAAAUAACAAAGAAUGCAAAGGGACACUUUAUAACAUACAUGUACAAGUAUUGAGAAACAAUGACAUAAUUUCGGGUGUUUACAGAGGACGUUCUGAAGAUCAUAUUGCUCAACUGAUUUUGCCACACCUCGAUGUCAACUUCUAAAAAAACUGGAACAUUUUGCGACGUUUACAGAGACGAUUCUGAUGGCUAAGGAAACAACCUUUUACGUAUCAACACACGGAGAUUUAUAUAAAUGGUACUUUUGACAAAUAAAUCUCAGUUUACUUAAAACGCUCUUCAAAAAUGCUCACUACAAGCACAUUCGCAAGCCACAGGCGGUUUUUACUGGUGUUAAGCCUUGUGGCGACGCUCGUAUUGGGCGUGGCACGAGGCCGGCAGUUCCGGGUCGCCUGGUUGGCUCCCGGGCCUGAAACCACCCGAGAGGUAAACAGCCACACCAGCGUGAACGCCCUGAAACUCGGACUGAAUUCUAUCGCCGCAAACCCGGCAAUCUUGAAAGGUCACACUAUCAAGGCGAAGCAUUUUACCACGGACUGUGCCGCCCAGAAUGCCAUGGCAAGCGUCCUGAACGCGCAUCGGACCUUUGACCCGGAUGUGAUCAUAGGACCACCAUGUGACGAAGGUCUGAAGACCGUCGCCCAGUUAGGGUCAUUCUGGAACAUUCCGGUCUUCUCCUGGCACAACGCGGCCGUGCACUUUGAUGACGUCAGCACGUAUACCACUCUCGUGCGAAUGAAGCCAUCCCUCAGUAUUAUCGCCGAAAGCCUGCUCUACAUAUUCCGGACGAACGGUUGGAAAUCAUUUGCACUCGUGCACGACACUCUCGAGCCUUGGACGCUCUACGGCGAGGCACUUCGAGCUGUGACGGGACUGACGUCAGUGCAGAUGUUCGGUGAAUAUGGCGUCAACGCGACGUCGAUGGACUCCGAGUUGCAACAAGUGUUUGAGAAAAUUAAGCCCACCACUCAAUUUAUGGUUUUGGCGUGUCCGUCUGCGCAGGUGCGGCGUCUGAUGUUGGCGGCUCACGCGGCUGGCAUGAUCAACGGACAGUACAUCUUUAUUCAGCUUGACCAUGAGGUACACACCGAGGCGUACAUUAUCUCCACAGUCCUAUCGGACGGGCACUGGAAACGACAUGACGCUGAUGACCAGAAAGCCAAACAGGCGUAUCAGUAUCUGAUCCAUAUUCUCACGGAUCCUAUGAAUGACGACGCCUUGUCGCCACCGGUUCGAGCCCCUAGAAACCGGUACGAGGAGUUCGCCGCACUUGCCGGAACUGUCGCCCAGUUGAACAAACCGGACUGGAUCCUACCUUUAGGAGAGAAGAUUGACCCUAAUGCGCUGUUCUUGUAUGACGCGAUUCUGGUCUGGGCGGUACUAGUGGACAAGCUCCAAACGGCAGGUUUGAACCCCCGAGACGGCGGACUUUUGGUGCAGAGGGCAAAGGCUUUCGUGGCUGACGGGGCGACAGGCUAUAUUUCCAUCAACGACAAGCAGGCGAGAAAUGGGAAGACGUUCAUUUUCACCAUGGGAGCAGACGGAAACUUCAGCCCGGUCCAAAGGCUUUUCUUUAACGGCACCCAUGGGUACUCCGUUCUGAGACUAAAGCCUUUGGAAGAGAGAUUUACCUUGCAUGAUAAACAACCUGUCACCAAUCGACCUCUGUCGGUAGUCGUAGGCAUACCAGUGUACACGACUCAAAUUACCUCGACGACAACCGGGCGCCAGACAACGCAGGUCCUAUCGCCGGAAGAAUUAUCAUCCAAGGCCCCUUCGGAUGCGAUAGCCUUGCUCCUUGCAAAAUUGCAAGAGCUUGAGGCAAAGAUAAAGCUACACGAAACGCACUCGCAUGACCUCAUACCUUUCCACACACACACGCCAGCGCCGAUCAGUCAUCACACCCAAAUUAUCCCGUAUCACAUGCACACACCCAUACCAUUUAACCAGUUUGUAGGUAUAAAUCAAGUUCCAGGUCAUGACCCAGUUCAAAACCAACCGCAACAAAAGCCAUGGCAGUUGCCACAGCAACAUGUGUCGAUGAAUUAUCCCCUACAUUUGCUACAGCCUACGCAGGGUAACAAAUUAAUUCAAACAACGCCGACGCCAGUAACAUAUCAGCAGCAACAGCCCGAUGGUCAUGAUCAAUUGCAACAACAGCAACAACAUGUUCACCAACCAAAACAACAGCCGAUACCCCAACCACCCCAACUCCACGAACCCUAUAUCCAGGAAAGUGGACAUGGGCCAAUUGUAACCAAUCAUGAACAGCAUGAGCAACCGCUGCAAUUCCCUCCAACACCUGCUUUGUCGGGCUCCGUACACUUGAGCCGCCAGAGCCAGAGCAACCAUACGCAUGAAGAACAAACUCAAUCAAACAAGACACGAACGAUUUCUGUGAAGAUAACACAAAAGUCAAUUGCGACCCCUCAGCGACCAUCGAUAGUUGUUAUAGCGCCAUCUCAAUCCCAAACACAAGUGCGUCCAGAACCACAAACACAAACUUUUGCGCAACAACAACAGCAACAACAACUUUUGCCACAACAACAACACCAUCAAGUACAAGCUCAACAGCAAAUUCUGCCACAGCAAGAACUUACUCCCGCACAACAGCAUCAGACACAUUCACCACAACAAGCACACCAAGAUCCGCCACCAUCACAACAACAGCAGCAACAACAAAUAUUGCCACAACAACAAAAUCGUCAAGUAUCAGCCAAACAUCAAAAUCUUCCACAUCAAACACAAACUCCCGCAGAUCAGCACCAAACACAUUCACCACAACAACCACAACAAGCACCGCCAGCAUUACAACAACAUCAGGAACAACAGGCACCAACGCAACCACCCGUACAGAUGAAGACACGCGCUACAACACCUCUUUCAGACGCAUACCUGGAUCAGAUCAGCUCGCGAAUCCUUCAGCAGCUAACAGGUGGACUCCUCGGAUCAAACAAUAACACACAAAGUGAACAACAAAAUCACCUCAACGACAUUUUGACAGGAGAGGAACCCGGAGGACUGCUUCUAAGCCUGUCUCUCGCUCAGGCAGCGCGAGAGCAUGAACGGCAGCGUAUUCUUAAUAGUCUCGGUUCAGGGAGCGCUAUAAAUAGACCUUACACGAAUCCGUUUCAAGCGAUUCAUGAUCCAUGGGGUUAUCUAGGACCCACCACGGUGCAACCUUGGGCGUUUGGCUCAAAGUGGUGGGGACAGGGAUGAAUUUACAGUUCGAACUCGCUUUUUAAACCACGCAUAAUAAAUAUUUAUUGUAAAGCUUUCCAGAUCUGAUUUUGAACGUACUGUACUUUUAAUAUGGAAGAAAUUCUCGCUAUCAGUGGAUUGAUCAUCUAAUAAGUGUUACACAUGUCAAAUAUUCAACUUUACAAUUAUCAACGUUUUAAGUUUGUGAAUAAACACUUAGCACAAGGUUUAUUUGAUGAACAAACGGUUCUUAAAAUUUGAGUUCACUGUUGAGAAGUUGUGGCUCAGUUUUGAAGUCGUUCGAGAGAUCAUUAUUAUACGUGUUCUGAAUGAGUUUCAUGAGUUUCAAUGUAUAUAUUCCUAUGCAGGUAUCUUGUAAUCAGUCCAUACCAAUAUUUGCAUAUGUUUAGCGUCUUGUUGCUGGGAGGCUGGUCACGUGAUUUUAUCUUGCUUCGAUUGGAAUAUUUAAGGUGACUAGAAACACUUUCAUUUAACCUUUAUUGUCAGUUAGCUGGUUGACUUAUCCCCAAAUAGUCUGGUUUACUCAUAAAUAUAAUUUAACGCUAUAACGCUAUUUAACGCAGCAUUAAAAAUAAUUUGACACAUCAUUUUGUUUUUAUUUUUAUAAAAGUUAAGGCAUUAUAUGAUUUAAUACAUUUUUAGUCAGCUUUAAAUUUAUGAAACAGUAGACAAAUACAAUAAGUUCACGCAAUUCAAUGACAUUAGCUACAAGAGUUAAGAAGAUAAAACAAAGCAUUGUAUCCAAAGGUGACGUUUCUGAUCUGUGUGAAAGCGUGCGUGCAUUUCUUUCAAGAUAGAUGUCAACAUCUUGGGCGCAUUGUUUCGUUGUUAUUUACAUGUACUUAAAACAUUUUAAUUUAAAAAUCAGGGGUUCAAUAAAAAGUUGGCCAAGAUAAUGGAGUAUGAUACCUGGCUGAAGUACAUUAAAACCCUCACAAAUUCUACUUUUGGAAAUAAUAUUAUAUGCUUAACAGUAAAUGAUACCCGGCAUAUGUGCAAGAUAUAUAAACUCAGAUGUAAUAAAAAAAUCCAAUAUUUAGACAAAUUGGAAAUAAUG